AAAAAAAAACAAUUAUAAAAUGUCAAACCCACCGACCUUCAUCAACACACACAGAAUUAGAAAAAGGUGGAGAAGGUAAUAAUUGGGCAUUGGAAAGUUGAAGAUUUCCACGCAAUAAAGUAAAAAAGGGGGUUUUUGAGAUUGGGUUGGCAGUUGACACACAGCCGAACGAAACGUCCCUCUCUUCCCCUCACCUUUCCCACACUUGAAUCCGGUAAUACACAAGCGCCACCUCAAUUCCCCCACCAUCUUCGUCAUCUAAACUUCUUCUACUGCCUUUACUUUGCUUCACCUCCCACUUUAACACAGCCCUCAUCUGUAAGCAAGCGCUUCCUUGCUGAUUAUUUACUGCAACUGUUUUUGAUUUCUCACCCAACUGCGUUAUUUGGGAAGGGGGGCUUCCAAUUUUUCCAAUUCAACUAAUUUAUCCAACUGGGUCUCGCUAGUUUGCGGUCAAAUACGUGCAGCCAAUUCCUGAUAUGCCACUUUGACUAGUUUUGGGCGAGUUUGACACCUGGGAUAUUGUUAGCAUCUGCCGAGUUUUGUGUUUUUUCGACUGCUUACCGCUGUUUGGCUCUUAAGGGGUGAUGUAGUUACAGGGGGCAAUCUGAAUCAUUUAGGAUCGUUAUGUGAAUUUGAUCUCUUUGGUUGUCUGGGCUGGCGUUGAGUUCCAUGACUCAAAAGAUUGUAGAUAACAUCGUGGUGAUCCUGUAGCUUGGGCUAGUGGACCAGGCGAGUUGAGAAAGAAAUGAGAAGAAAGUGGCAAGCGGGAUGUCAGGUUUCGUUUCAGAGAUAUCCAUUUGUAACCAACUAAACUGUGCUUCAGAGUCCUAUUAACAAGAGGCCAAACAGUUGCUUGUAACUUUCUAUACUGGAACCUCUAGUAAGUAUUAUAGAGAACCUCAAAGUAUAUGCCAUGACCGAUGUCAGUCCAAGGACUGAUAUCUCUACUGAUGUCGACACCGAUGACAAACACCAGAGGCUUGAUAUGCUUCAACGGAAUGCUGUGGCUUCUGAUUCCAGUGAUCGAACGAAAGAUAAGUCUGAUCAGAAGACUCUACGCAGGCUUGCACAGAAUCGUGAAGCUGCAAGGAAAAGCCGACUGCGAAAAAAAGCUUAUGUCCAACAGCUGGAGAGUAGUCGUUUAAAGUUGACCCAACUAGAACAGGAGCUUCAGCGGGCACGGCAGCAGGGAAUUUUCAUAUCAAGCUCAGGAGAUCAGGCCCAUUCAAUGGCUGGAAAUGGGGCCAUGGCAUUUGAUGUGGAAUAUGCCCGUUGGUUGGAAGAACAAAACAAGCAAAUCAAUGAACUGAGAGCAGCAGUUAAUUCUCAUGCCAGUGAUACUGAACUUCGAAUGAUUGUGGAUGGCAUCUUGGCUCAUUAUGAUGAAGUUUUUCGGCUAAAGGGUGUCGCUGCAAAGGCUGAUGUUUUUCAUUUAUUGUCUGGCAUGUGGAAAACUCCUGCUGAAAGAUGUUUUUUGUGGCUUGGUGGUUUCCGUUCAUCAGAACUUCUAAAGCUUCUUGUCAAUCAAUUGGAGCCCCUCACAGAACAGCAGUUGAUGGGCAUAUCCAACUUGCAGCAGUCCUCACAACAGACUGAAGAUGCAUUGUCACAAGGCAUGGAAGCAUUGCAACAAUCAUUGGCUGAGACGUUAUCCAGUGGAUCUCUUGGCUCCUCAAAUACAUCUGGCAAUGUGGCAAACUAUAUGGGUCAAAUGGCCACGGCCAUGGGUAAACUUGGGACCCUUGAGGGUUUUAUUCGCCAGGCUGACAAUCUACGACAACAAACACUACAACAAAUGCAUCGAAUUUUGACAACUCGUCAGUCAGCUCGUGCACUUCUUGCAAUUCAUGAUUACUUCUCCAGACUGCGAGCCCUUAGCUCUCUCUGGCUUGCUCGCCCAAAAGAGUGAAUAGCUUUUUGAUUUUUCCUCAAGUAUAUUGACAAAAGCACUAGAUUAACGAUUUAACAAUUGCGUGAGUCCUCAAUUUUCAUUGGUGUGCAUGAUUAUAUGUUAUCAAUCUUGUGAUGUUCUAGAGAUGCUACUUGUAAUAAGCUGUAUGUACCUGUAUUUUAUUUAAAGGAAGUCCCCCACCCUUUUUCUUUAA